AUUCGUUGCUUCGAAGGUGGAAUCUUGGACUCGCCUAGGUAUUCGUUAGUGGCGCUUAUUGCAAUCACGCGGGAAUCGUAGAGCUAACAUGGGUCGUCGACUCGUUGCACGACCCAAUUGGAGACCAUGCCCUGGCAUAUUUCACAAUCUCGACCGGAGAUCUCAUCCAUUAUCACUAUCUACGUUGUAUAUAUUCCCACCUCGGUGGUCGAUCGAUUUCUAGAAUGAUCGAGGAUAAAAAUCGACUGCCCGCUUACUUAGGUAGGUUAUCUUAAGCUUAAAGAUUCUAGAUCUUCCUUCUCUCCUCUCCUGUAUGUCUCACCUUUAAGCGAUGUCCUCUCCUAUACAUUUGCCAUUUCACGAUGCACACCGGACACCAGCUGUCGUGUGCCAUGUGGGCAAUGGCGGCCUUAUCCCUCGUCCUAGUCGCUCUCCGGCUAUACACUCGCAUACGGAUCGUCAAUUUCGUUGGUGCUGAAGACUACAUGUAUGCUGGGACCGGCGUGUUCUUACUCCUGUUCGCUGUUUUCAUACAAGUCUCCGUCCAUUAUGGGUUAGGUCAGAACUUCUGGAAACUCAGCAUCGACGAUAGCUCAGACGCAAUCUUCUGGACUUAUGUUGCAAACAGUUUCGCCAUUACCGGUAAUGCUAUGGCGAAACUGUCUAUGGGCCUGUUUCUGCUCCGCGUAGUCCAAGUCAGGUGGCAUAAAAUCGCUCUCUGGGUCGCCGUCAUCAUCACCACCGCCACGUCUAUCGCUCUCACCAUCAUGCUCUGGAAUCAGACGACGCCAAUCAAAGCGAGCUGGGACCCAUUGCGCACGCCCGGGACGUGGAACAUACGAAUUCAACCUAUGAGCGUCGGGCUCGGAGUUUGGUCUAGCAUUUGCGACUUCUUCUUCGCGAUAUUUCCUUGGCUAUUCAUCCGAACGCUUCCAAUGUCUCGCCGAGAGAAGUUCAUGCUAGCGGGGGGGAUGAGUUUGGGGGUAAUCGCCGGUGCUUGUGGCAUUACUCGAACGGUAGUCCUUUCGCGGUUGGAUGUUUUCAAUUAUACAUUAAACUUCGUGCCAUAUUUUGCUUGGGCAGGCGCGGAGAUCGCCGUCGCGAUGAUUUGCCUCGGUAUCCCUACACUGCGGCCGCUAUAUCUCAAGACAAGAGGAUUUGCUAGCGCAUAUUCGAACCAUGGCCAGAGCAGCCACGCAAACGAGAUACCCAGGUUUGUCAUGUACGAACGCAAAGCUUCAAAUCCGGCCCCGUCAGCGCACGACUCGGGGAUUUCGUACGCUCGUACCGACAACAACAUAAAAACCCCGCCGCCGACCCACCAGACUCAGACCAGUAAUGACAGCGUGGAAGAUAUAAUAUCAGGUUAUCAGGAUCAGCAUGUGGGCGUGAUAUGGGUCAAGAAUGAGGUCCGCAUCCAGGAGGACGUUGCUGAAUGGCCGCUGCGUGGUUGAUGUGUAAUAAUAGAUGCAGUACUAAAGUUAGAGAUGGUAGUAGUUUGCCUCCAGACGCAAGUCACGAUGAUAUAAAUACAUCCGUUAACAAACAACUUAUAACGGACUCGGCUUGAUUUCUGAUAGGGUUUCCGUAACCUACUGGGCGCCAUAGAUUAUAGUUGAGACAUACAACAGGGUCCUCACAAGCCAGAGAAGUUGGCUGUCCUUUCUAACAUGGAUUGAUGGUGAGAUGAGAACUGCGUAGAUGAGGCCGAAGUUCUACGAAUUAGUGUGUAAUUGAAAGAAACUUGAUAUGCAUGUAAGUACAAUCUAGGUAUGUUG